CUGGGCCAUGGCCUAUCCGCGCUCAUAACCGCUGGUUUUCCAGCGCUCGAUUUGCACAAGAUUGCAGCAUGCUGUUGGCCAACCCACCAUCAAGCAACGACCCUUUGGCGAGUCCCGAAGCAGAAGGCCCACAAGAGGCGGAUUGUUUUGUAUCUUUCUUUUCAGAAGCUGACAUUGUUGACGCGGCUCUUGGCGAUCUACUCAAAACCCUGGACGAGUUGCAUGCGGCCCUAUUGCAGGACGUCAGCCCUCAAAGUGACAAUGACUUUGACCCAGAGCAGUUGCAGAUUGUUGAAAAGAUCAAUAAAAUACUGGAAAAAUAUCAAGAGCAGCCCCACCUCCUUGACCCUCACCUGCAACGCCUGGUUCAGCCCGUAGUCUUCAAACUACGCGAUACGAUAACAGUUUGGCACGAAAGACAUGAACGUGAUAAAGAGGGCAUCAUGCUUGUCAAAGUAGCCCGUUGCCUCUAUCCAUUCUUUAGAUAUCUAUAUGUACUUACCAAAGUCCGUGGAUACAAGACGAUAGUCAAGUUUUUCACGCACGAGGUUGCCGACUUGGAACCUGUUCUUGCGUUUUUAGAAACAAUGGAUGGUACCCUACAGGAUCCACUCUUGUGGGAGGCCCGCUAUGUUCUCCUAUUAUGGCUGUCGCUGUUGAGCAUGAUUCCCUUUGAUCUACGUAAUGUGGACAGCGGGGCGUCAUCUGGGCAAUCACUUGUUGAACGAAUAAAGACAUUGUCAAGGUCAUACUUGUAUGCGGUAGGAAAAGAGCAUGAAGGAGGAGCAAUAUUGCUCAUGAGGUUGCUGACGCGACAAGACACCAGCAGCGAGCAUCUCAUGGACUAUGUCAAAUGGGCCGCCAAGGAAAUACGAGGAACAACCGACGUGUUCAGACUUCGUGGAGUGUUAAUAUCUCUGUGUACAAUAUUCAAGAACGGUCGACGGGAGCUCCUCGUUCCCGCUCUUGAUGACGUGCUACUCUGUUGCCAAUUGAUCAAUGAGCCAUAUGUAAAGAACAAUGCGCUUUUGCGUAAGCUUUUGGUCAAACUAGGACAACGUGCUGGACUGUGUUGUAUGAGACCUCGUACGGCAAAGUGGCGAUAUCAGCGAGGUCAUCGAUCUUUGCAGCACAACUUAUCCGCUCUGGGUACCGGGCUUCUGACAGAAUCCGCGACCGAAUUGGUAGAUAACGAUGUGGACCUUGAUGAUGUACCAGAGUCUCUCGAACUCGUGGUAGAGCUUCUACUGAACGGUCUCAGGGACAAAGACACGAUCGUGCGAUGGUCGUCCGCGAAAGGCAUUGGGCGGAUAACCAAUCGAUUACCGCAAGAUCUAGGGCAAGAUAUCGUUACCUCCGUCAUUUUACUGUUGGAGGAGAACGUAUUGUCGAAAGCCGAUGGUGAAGGCUAUGACGUGUCACAAGUAUCAGAUCAUACUUGGCACGGUGCAUGCUUGGCAUUGGCGGAGCUGGCGAGGAGGGGUCUGCUCCUUCCGGAGAAGCUUCAAGAAGUGAUGCCGUGGAUAUUUCUGGCCCUCAAGUUCGAUCAACGCCGCGGUAAUUAUUCAAUCGGGGCACAUGUCCGUGAUGCGGCAUGCUACGUUUGCUGGUCGUUUGCAAGAGCAUAUGCCCCUGAAAUUAUGCAACCGUUUGUCGGAGACCUAGCAAAAGCUCUAGUGGUGGUCAGCGUAUGUGAUCGUGAAGUCAACAUUAGACGCGCUGCAUCGGCUGCGUUUCAGGAGAAUGUUGGGCGUCAGGGAUUGUUUCCGCAUGGGAUCGAGAUCGUUACUGCAGCUGAUUACUUUUCCGUUGGAAAUCGCACAAAUGCUUUCUUGGAUGUAGCUGUUGACAUAGCAAGGUACCCUGAAUAUUACAGUCAUAUCUGCGACCAUAUGGCACAUGUGAGCCUGUCCCAUUGGGACAAAAGUAUACGAGAAUUAGCCGCAGAGUCCUUAGCGAAGCUAGCUGUAAUGGACUUGCCGUACAUUCUUGGUCGGGUUCUUCCAAAGCUGAUUCUUCGAGUCACUUCAGAUGAACUGGCGAUUAGACAUGGUGCCUUACUGGCCGUGGGACAAAUUUGCCUUGCGUGGUCCAGAUGUCGGCGACAAGAAGAUCCUAAGGCUGAGCAGUGGUGGGAAAGGGAACUGGAGAAUCUCAUUGUGCCGAUAUCCGCGCUCAUACCAUUAUAUCCUCAACCGUAUCUUGAUGGGUUUGGCGGUGAUUUGACGCGUCUGGCGUGCUGUCGAAUGAUCACUUGUCUCGCCGAGGCUGACUGGCCUGUCCAUGUCGACAUCUCCCGGAUGGGAAACAUGAGUGGGAAAAUGGACGCCCUGACUCUGCCAAAUUCAUGGCUGCAGAUGGUAACCACGUCCCUCGAACAAAGGGAUGAGAGCGUCCAGGCUGCUGCUGCGACGGCCUUGGGAACUUUGAACAGAUGGAAUACUCUCGACCCUGCAACGCUCAUGGACCUAAUAGAGAGAAUGCAAACAACAUCCAACCGAAACGUAAUACGUGGAUAUGCAUUGGCGUUAGGCACACUCUCUGGUGAAAUUCUAUCCGCAAAUCUUGAAAGAAUUGUUGAUGCGCUUAUUGCUACCGCCAUUGUCAAGGAGGACAAAACGUUUGAUGAUGCAGAGGCACGGCGCAAUGCAAUCCAAUCCUUGACUAGCAUUUGUGCAACAUACGGAUCAAGCUUACAAACCGCUAUGCCUCGUCCGGUAUACCUGAAAGUUGUAGAGACUUUCCUUGCUGGAUUACUGGAUUACAGCUCAGAUUCGCGGGGAGAUGUUGGUUCAUGGGUCCGUCAGGCGAGCAUUCAAGGCUUCGAGCGCAUUGUUCCGUUGUCGGUGGCAUCUACAGCAUCCCUCCCCUCCGACGGCACCACAUACAUGACGCAAGAUAUCGCUUUGCGCAUAAUAUGUAAUCUGUGCCAGCAGAGUGUGGAAAAAAUCGAUAGAAUGCGAGAGGCAGCCGGCAAGACACUGCUAUUUCUCCUGUGGGACGUUCCUGGGUUCACAUUUGAAGGACACACGGAGCUGAAAAAGAUUCUACCAAAAAAUAACCAAAUCCAUUGGAAUACAGCCGCUGACGUUUACCCGACCAUGAUGCAAGUCUUGUGCAUACCACAAUUUAGAGUGAGCACAUUGGUCGGCCUCGUAGUGGCCAUCGGUGGUCUAUCGGAAAGUUUGGUGCGAUCCUCGAGCACGAAUUUUAUCGACUUUGUCAACACAAUUCCGGAUGGGAUGAGUGUGGACGAUGACAACCGUAUGAAUCUGGGCGAUCUGUUUGCGGCGCUGCUGGAAGUGUUCCGGCAAUAUCAGCGUCGUGACAGGGUGUCGAAACCUCUGCUAGACGUGAUUGAUCUCCUUUUUGGAAGUGGUGCAAUGGCCAGAUAUUAUAAUGUACAGUUCUAUCAAGAUCUGUACGAUCUUGUAAAAAAAGAAGUUUUCAAGAGCAAGGAUGUGAAAAAGCUGCUUAGUGGGAUCAAAGUGUUUUGCGGAUUUCUGUCACUUGGUGAUGAUGGGCAGGAAACUAUCUCGGGGGUCCGAGAGCGUGCCUUAAAUCAAUUACUUCUGUAUCUAAAUCAUCCAUAUCCAAAGGUCCGCCGCGCUGCUGCUGAAGAUUUGUAUGUCGCGAUAACAGCGGUGAGCGAUACUGUAGUUGAGAAUGAUGGUGGAGGUGAUCAUGAGGUGCGUUUGGAGGAAGCAGAGGAAAUAUUGCUCACAACGGAUUGGGACGCGCAAGUCUCGCAGUUGAAGGGCCCUAAAGAGCAACUAAAAUCGUUGCUGUUAAAUAAAACCUAAGUCAUUACGUAUCAAUAUAAACAAAUGCACGUGAUA